UUUGCUCUCGCAGUAUAGUCGCAGUGCAUGCGAUCGCGAGCCAACGUGCAUGUACACUUCGUAUGUCACUAGCACUCGCAACUGACUUAAAGUUUCAGUAGGCGCGCCUACGUCGACAAACUCUAUUGUUCAGUGCCGUAUGACUCCUUGUUAAUUAAUUAUUGUAGCUGAUGAGUGCUACCUGUUUGUUUUUAGAUUUUGUUUGUGUGAAGUUGCUGAAUCUGGUGGGUUUUCCCACCCCAUUAGCCUGAGUAAAGGGCCGGCCUUCCCCGUUUAGCUAGCUGACGCUGAACCAACGGUCAAGCAGUCGAGAUGAGUAUUAUGUCAUAUAAUGGCUCAGCCAUUUUGGCUAUGAUGGGCAAAGACUGCGUUGCCAUAGCAGCAGACAGAAGAUUUGGAAUCCAAGCCCAAACAGUUUCCAUGGAUUGCCAGAAGAUAUUUGAAAUGGGUCCUAGGUUGUACAUGGGCCUCUCUGGUCUAGCAACAGAUGUACAGACUGUUGCCAAUCGGCUGAAGUUUCGACUCAACCUGUACUGUUUGCGUGAAAAUAGAGAAAUCAAGCCUAAAACCUUCAUGAACAUGGUAUCGAACUUACUGUAUGAAAGAAGGUUUGGCCCUUACUUCAUUGAGCCAGUCAUUGCUGGUCUAGAUCCCAAGACACAUGAGCCUUUCAUUUGUAACCUAGAUCUGAUAGGGUGUCCUAUGUUCACUGAUGACUUUGUGGUAGCUGGCACAUGUACAGAGCAGUUAUAUGGCAUGUGCGAAUCCUUGUGGGUGCCCAAUCUGGAACCUGAUGACCUCUUUGAGACAGCCGCUCAAGCUCUUCUUAAUGCUGUAGACAGAGAUGCAGUGUCUGGAUGGGGAGCUGUUGUCCACAUUAUAGAAAAAGACAAAAUAACAACACGGACUGUCAAGGGCAGAAUGGACUAAGCUGAAGCUAUGCAGUAUCCACUGGCAUUCCAAGGGAGAAAAAGUGUACAUCGCAUCGUGCAAAAUGAAAACAAGGUUCCAUCCUUGGUCAAAAUGUUGUUUCAAGCUCAACCAAAGCCAUACAUAUCAUAAGGAAAUAAUGUCAAGUAGAUUUCUCUGUCAAUUCCAAGCAUUUAGUAAUCCUUCUAUUUGGCAUUUCCUUAGUACUUCAGCUAGUCAAAGAGAGAACCACCAACAGUUUGGUGUGAAUCAGAGAGAUUCUUCCUGUAGGUUAUAACAGAUUUAGUGAUAUACAAUUCAGCAAAGCAGUGGUUUUUCCCAGGAAGAUUGAAAGUGCUCAAUUUGUCCCCUCAGUUCCCCCAAACUUUCAGUGGUCACUUAUGUCAUGCUUUAAAGCAAAAAAAGAUUUUUUUUUGACAGGUUUGAUUAUGCUGCUGGAAAAGACACCAUGUUGUUUACUAACAAAAUAAAUACCUCCAGAUCUAGGGUUGGCCUGUGAUAGACUGGGUUAGGCAGGGUUUUAGGGACUGAUAAAUAUCAAUUCAUUUCACAAAUUAUCAAGGAAACCAGUGGGAGACUUUGAGACAACGGUGGCAGCAGACACACUGGUUCUUCAUAGUAUUGUGCAUGCUCAGAACUAUGCAGGCCUGCUCAUAACAAUGUGCGCAUGCUCAGAACUAUGCAGGCCUGCUCAGAAUAAUGUGCGCACGCUCAGAACUAUGCAGGCCUCACAGAAUAAUGUGCGCACGCUCAGAGCUGGUAAAAAGAACCAGUAUGUUUGCCACCACCAAGCAUCUCAAAGUCUCCCAUCUCUGUCAGGAACACAAGUUUGCACCUGAGUGUGGGUGUGUGUGUGUGUGCAUUUCAGUUCUUCAUGGAUGUGCAUAUAAAAAGUACUUGGGCUUUUGGACCCUAUGGGCUUAUAUCUGUACAAAGAAACACAACUUCUUAUCCAUGUAUUUGUUAUGUCCAAAUAUUGCUACACUUGCGUGCAUAUUUCCUGCUGCCAAGCCGCUUUGACAUUUGUCUAAACAAAUUGAAGCAUGUUGAGGCAAAAGUCAGUGAACUUCUGGUUGACAAGAACUGACAUUUUAUGAAGAAUUUUUAAUUAAUAUGGCAAAAAGGCUUCCGGGUAGCUUUGCAUUAAGUUAGGACUUUGUAUUGAAAUAACUCCCCAUCAAUGUUUUUAUUAAUCUGGAACUGAACUUUGUAUUUCAUGGAAUUGGUAGCCGUCAUUUCCAGUCACAUUUGAUGUCAUUGUACUAAAGCAAAUGCAUUGAUUUGCAUUGCCCAGUUGGUUCAGUGUUGAUAUGCAUACUGUCGAAUAAAAUUUUCUUCAUUAAAUUA